AUGUCGACGCCUUUCCAAGCACCAGGCGCGAUCCGUAAUCUCUGGUUCCGAUGGAAAGCUCUGCGCCUCCCAUGGCGAAAACAGUUCCUCGUCGGUAACGACCUAGCCGGCAACACCUUCUGGGAGUUCCGAGAUGCCUUGCAAGCAGGACGAUGGAGGCGGAUAGUGAAAUACAGCAACACACCACAUUAUGCGGAUGUGAAGAUAUCACCACAAUGGCACCAAUGGCUCCGCCACACCCGUCCCCUCGCCCCAACCCUCCAAGAACAACAAUACGAAGUCUCCCGCCAAGAAAGCAUGAAGAUCCUCGCCGCCCGCGCAGACGAACGCUGGAACAGCAUGCCCUCCUACCUCGACUCCCCCUCCAAGAACCUAUCCCAAGCGCAACCGAGUCUGGCGCCCAAGGAUCCAGGUGGCUACGCGCAGCAGACCGAGCCAGAGUAUAAACAGGGCGUCGCUAGUGGCGUGGAGGAUAUGGGGAAGGUGGCAGCUGUGGCGGUGGAGGGCAAGGAUGGGAAGGAGGUGGAUGAGGGGAGGUUCAAGGGUGGGACGAGGGAAGCGCCGAGGAAUCUGGAGAGGAAGACGGAGCCGGCGCCUUGGGCUGGUCAGAGGCCGGCGGGGGCGCCGAGCGAGAAUUGGCAGCCGGAGAGUUGGACACCGGGGCCUGCUGCGAGAAGGUGA